CUCCCAUUUUGCACGCAGUUUGCAGCCAGACGGACACAUAGCCAGCCAAGAUGCCUAUGUUCGUGGUCAACACCAACGUGAGCCGGGACGCCGUGCCCGAGAGCCUCCUCGGCGAGCUCACCCAGCAGCUAGCCAAGGCGACCGGCAAGCCAGCCCAGUACAUCGCCAUCCACAUCGUGGCUGACCAGCUGAUGUCCUUCGGAGGCUCCUCUGAUCCCUGUGCCCUCUGCAGCCUCCACAGCAUCGGCAAGAUUGGCGGGCAGCAGAACAAGGCCUACACGAAGCUGCUGUGUGAGCUGCUGACCAAGCACCUGCACAUACCUGCAGACAGAGUCUACAUCAAUUACUGCGACAUGAACGCCGCUAACGUGGGUUGGAAUGGCUCCACCUUUGCCUAGUCUGCUCCUUCCUGCACAGCCACCUGGUGGACCUGCUGCCCCCUUGUGUUUGCUGGCAAUCACUACCACCUUUUCCUUUCUCUUCCCCCGCUCCUCUCGAUGGUUCUUUUUAGCAGAGCCUGUUGCAUGUAUCCAGUUGCUGAAAUGCAAAUAAAAGCUCUGGCGGAAGCUG